AUGCAAAUUACUCAAACUUAAUUAUUAGAAUGGGUAAAGGAUGGAAAUAAGGCUACUUUGAAAAAGCAUUUCGAAGAAUAGUUAAUGUUUUCACAAUAGAAACUGCAGGCAUUUUUUUCUAUGGUUGAUGAUUAAAACAGAAAUGUGGUGCAUUGGGCUGCUUAUUUGGGAUAAUAUAAAUUGUUAAAGUGGUGGUGUAAGUAAUACAAGUAGAUGAUCGACUUAAACAAAGGAGAUAUGCACUCCUACACUCCCCUAGAAUUAGCAAGCAUCAAAGGGUAUUCUGGGGAAUACAAUCCGGAGAAACAAGAAAAGACAAUACAAUUAUUGCUUGAUCACGGUGCUCAAAUUCCCCAAUCUAAUACGUCUAAGCCAAAUCCUUUACAUUGGGCAUUUUAUUAUGGGAACAAAGAAUUAGUAGAUUUUCUGAUCUCAAAAAAUUUUUAGCUUCAAUUAGAAACUGACCAACAAGGUAAUUAUCCCAUCGAUUACUUGUUUUUGGAGAAUAGACCAGAUUAAUACAAAAAAGCAGUUCGCGAAAUAUUUGAGAAUACAAUAAUCAAUUAUGCUCAGGCAACUACCAAACAAACAUUGAAUAGAAAACCCAAGAGGAAGAAGCACAGAUAAGCUACCAUCAUAACUAGCUAACAACCCUUCAUUUAAACUUAAAUCAAGGAGGACGAAUCAACACCAGAAUCUGAACCUUCCAAAAAUGGAAUACCAUAUUCCAAUAUUUCCAAUUAUCAUCGAAGUCAAACCUCGAACUCCUUCCUCUCCAAAAAUAAUAUGCCCAAAACAAAUCAAAAACAGACUCCCAGUCAAUAAAUACUGAUUAAGUUCCAACAAAGGAGUUGCUGUCAAAAGAUAUAAUCCAAGAAUAUCGAUGAAAUUGCUGACAUUCCUCUCUUCGACGAUUCUCGAAUUGAGAUGAAAGAACCAGAAGAAGAGAAAAUACCAGAAAUCAAGAUUUCCAAUCUAAAUCAAAAAAACACUGAAACCAAUCAGGAAAAUUAAUUCUAAGCUGAUUAAUGUAAUAUCAUUAUAACCUAACCUCCUCCUUUAUUACUAAAUCAGGAAUCUUCUCCUUAAAAACACAUCCAUCCAAGGUAACAUCAGAAAAGCAAUAAAUUCAAUGUCCACGAUCUGGAGAGGCAAACCCUUAAAGAAUCGGAAAAGUUUACUAUCUAUCAUAGUAAAGCCAAUCUAACCAAAAAUGAGAUAUAUGAAUGUCGAUUGCAGUAUUGGUCUGCCAGUCAGGGCAACACUGAAUUUUUCAUUUACUUCUUAAAAAGGAAGUGCAACCCUUUCCUGAAUGUAUAUUAGGGCUUCAAUUGUCUUCAUGUUGCAGCCUUCAAGGGAAAACUGAAGAUCUUAAAAAUCAUCUUAGAAAACGAUUAUGAAUAUUAUGAUUAUUCUGGCGAAGGCAAUCACAAAAACAAAAAAUAACUCAAAGAUUAAAUCUUUGAUAAGAAAGAAUGCAUAAACAUACUGACAGAUCAAAAUCCAUCAAACGCAUUACAUUUGGCUAUCGAAUAGGAAAAGUAUGGGUGCAUGAAGACCUUGAUCUUGCAUGGGGUAUCAGUUGACACAGUCAAUAGUAGAUGUCUCAAACCAUUUGAAUUGACUUUCAACCAAAACUUUAUGAAGUUUUAUAAAGACAAUAUUCAAGUCAAAUAAUCAAUCAGUAGUUUAACUGAGUUGGGAUAUUAGUAUGUGAUUCAAACCAAGGGUACUCUGAGUGUAGAUAAGGACAUCGUGUAUCUGCAAUUGCAAAACAUAAGACAGACUUUCGCAGAGAGAGGAUGGAGCUUCGAAUUUCUAAUAUUCCACGCUCCAGAUCUUGAUAAGCUGGAACUGUACAAUGACAACACCAAGACAAACAAGGUUAAAUCACUCUUUCAUUAUUACGUAUUAAAAUUGCCCCCUGAUUCUGUUUAUCAAUUGGCACACCUCUAUCAGAUAUCAUGUUACAAUUUCAAAACCAAACAUAUAUGUUAAUUUCACUAUGAUAAGAGGGGUUUCUUUGAAUUUCCAAAGGAUCUUCAGGUGCAAAUGCUGAUACUGAACACUCUCAAUGACGAAUUUGAUGUUGACAAAUUCGUAUUAGAGAAACUGAUAAUCUCGCAUUAUCCUUUGGAAGACAUUCAGAAGUGCGAAAAGAUAACCCAAUUUUGGGAUGAACAGCAAAAUAACUGCAUUCGCGAUUCGAUUCGAUACGAAACUUAAUAAAUAGCUUUGAGACCCUUGCAUGCCAUAGCCUCAUAUUUUGGCCCAGUUGUUGCAUGGUACAUAGCCUUAAAUGUACAAAUUAUAGGUUGGCUCAUGAUACCAUCUCUCUUUGGAGCGGCUUUGGGAAUUUACAUAAUAAUAACAGAAGAAGUCAAUUCUUCAAUUGUUCCUUUCUACGCCUUACUCAUGACACUCUGGUCUACGUUAUUUAUGGAGAAAUGGAAGAAUCGAGAGUCUGAGUUGAAAUUUUGUUGGGACAUGCACAAAUUCAGACAAUCUCAACCCUAAAGAGUGAUGUACACAGGUCAGUAUAUCAUAAAUGAGGCGACGAACAAGAUUUAGAUUUACGAUUACUUUACUACGUUUAAGAGACGGUUGAUUGCAGAAGGGCCUGUCAUUUUGAUAGGGAUAGCAAUCAUAGUGGUAAGUUUUUAUGCAUUUAAUCUGUGGUUACAAGAAUGGAAAGACGAUAAAAUUAUGCCUAUAGUGAUCAAUUCUUUAAAUGGAGUUUCGAUGACAGUGUUUUGUGAUUUAUACAAACGGCUGUGUACAUCAUUGGUGACGUGGGAAAAUCAUAUGUAUGAAUCUGAACAGGAAUACUCUUACAUUUUGAAGGUGUUCCUUUUUGAGUUUCUGAUCUCUUAUGUGUCUGUGGUUUACGUGGCUAUAUUUGAGAAUAAUGCCUCUCAGUUGAGUGUGUCAGUCGCUAGCAUUAUUAUAACGAGAGGAGUGAUAUCCAAUGUGAAGAGUAACUUUUUGCCGUACUUCUUAUUUAAGUAGGAGAAGGUGAUUCUUUCUAAGAAGUUUUCAGAAUUCAAGAGAAUAUUCACAACGAAAUUGGCAGAGAGGAAGUAAGUGCCCAACAUUUGCAAUUAAAAAUUCAGUACAGAUCAAGUGAAUUCAGAAAUACAGUUGUCAUUUCUUUAGGAACUGGAGAUUGGUAGAAUUAAACAGCCAUAGAAGGUGCUAUAUGAUGAGUAUACAAGUAUUGCAAUUCAAUUCGGAUACACGACCAUGUUUGCUCCGACUUUUCCUGCAGCUCCCUUGUUUUUCAUGAUCAAUUGUUACAUCAAUUUGAGAUGGUCAAUUUACAAUUAUCAACACAUUCUGAAGAGAGAACGAGCGUAGGCUGCAGAUUCAAUUGGAAUUUGGUUGUAGAUAUUUGAAAUCAUGAAUUAUUGUGCCACUUUCAUGAAUUGCAUAGUGAUUGGGACUGUGAAUAAGGAGCAAUUCAAGGGAAUCAUUGGGAAUCAAGAUGCCCUCGUAAGUGCUUUCUUCCUUGCUGCAAUAGAACAUGUCUUAUUACUUAUUAAAUAUAUUCUUGAUGUUUCAAUUCCUGACUGUCCUUAUUGGGUGGAGAAGGAACUUAGAAGGUAUGCAUACUUAGAAGAAAAAUACUAGAAAAAUAACAAUUGA